UUACCUCAUCCUGCGGACGUGGCGCACAGACGGGCCUCCUCUCCGAGUUUCACUCCUUCAAACUGCACCACAGCUCUCAAUGGUCCAUCUUACAUUCACUCUCACUCCUACUCAUCCUCUCCUCUCUGUGUCGCGAAUAGCCUUGGUUCCCACUGUCAUGGUUGCGAGUCGGGAAAUCUAAUGUUAGCCCACAUGACCAAUGACACUUAUUCAAGACGCUCAGUCAAAGACAGCGGCUGCAGGAACCUUCGCAUGAGCCCCGACGAGUUUGCUCCUAAACAGGACGAUCCUGCCAUACGUAAUGAUUUAACUUUCGCAGUACCAUCUACAGUCUUCCGAUCUUCUUCCCCUUGUUCCUCAUCAUCUACUUCUAAUGUCAUUUCCUCUUCAUCUUCGACUCUGUGUUCUGGCUUUUGUAUCUCUUCCAGCCUGCCUACUUCCCUUGCUCAUAUCAACGAAUCGCCUGAUGCAGAAGUCAGGUCGGCCAGAAUGGCUCCUCAACUAGGCACCGUAGAGCGUAUGGGAUUGAUUGCUGCGUUUGACUCUCUCGAAGAUUUUGAAAGUGCCUUUGACGAAAUCAUCGCCCUUUUUUCAAAGACGAAACAAGAUUCUGACUUCUGCUCCUCCAACCUCUCCGGACUUAAUACAUUUUCUCUAUCUCGUCCAGCUUACGUCUCGUCCACAUCCUGCUCAUUUGCCGUUGCUCAAGCACCGUCACAUACUCAUAAACGUCAGGCAGACCACUUAAGUCAUGAGGCAUACAUGGUUCAACCUCAGCAUCGGGAUUGCCUUAAGGAGGUAGAGCCAUGUUUAUCAGUCAAUACAAAUAUGCAGUCACAGGCUCCGCAACCUCGUCGCAAUCGAGAGCGCUCGGAUACUCUUGUCGCCUUCCAGGAUCCUCCAUAUCAAACAGUCAGUUAUACACUAUUUAUUUUGCAAGCACAUCUAGUUUCACAUUGCAGGCAUCUACUUUUCGUAUAG